AUGUCCACCACCGUUCAGACCGGCAAGAAGCAGCGCUCGGCCAUCGCCGAUGUCGUCUCGCGCGAGUACACCAUCAACAUGCACAAGAGAUUGCACGGUGUUUCCUUCAAGAAGCGUGCUCCUCGUGCUAUCAAGGAGAUCAAGGCCUUCACUGAGCGUGCUAUGGGCACCAAGGAUGUCCGCGUCGACCCCCAGUUGAACAAGAAGGUCUGGGAGGCCGGUGUCAAGGGCGUCCCUUACCGUCUCCGUGUCCGCAUCUCCCGUAAGCGUAACGACGAGGAGGGCGCCAAGGAGAAGCUCUACUCCAUGGUCUACGCCGUCAACGUCAAGGAGACCAAGGGUCUUCACACCGCUGUCGUCGACGAGGAGUAA